CAGGACCACGGGCGGCCAGUCUCGCGGCGGCCUCGGAGCCGCACGUUUCGUCUGCUCCUCACCGAACGUGACAACUUCGAACAUCCAAAACUUUACGUAAAUCGCUUUCCCGUUGUACUCAUCUCUCAUCACUAUCUGAGUGCAUGGUUCCAACUAUCAGUUACGUUUCAGUUGAAUUUAAACUGUCUGUGCCCUGUUAAUCCAGUUUUUAAUGUGUCUUCGAUUUGGUGGAAAGUAGCGUUCGAGUUGAAGGAUCUCCUUGCACUUUUAGCUGCACUGUCGGUAGAAAAUAGAGAUGGGUCGACGACGCUCAGGAUCGAUGCAUCGGCGCUCGCCCGCGCUCAGCACGUGAAGUCGCACACACGAACCAGAGAACUAAACACUCGAUUGAUUGAAGUUCCUCAAUAUACCUACAACAAACAAACAUUCAACAAUGAAUCUAAAACUAAUACCCUUACUCCUCACCUGGAAUUUCAUCUUAAUAUCAGCAAAAAGAGAUUCCUCAUUCGAAGACGCCGAGGCCGCCAAAGCGAGAGAGCUGCGAAACAGAGAGAACAAUAGAAAUCGCACAACUUUCAAUGGGACCCUCACGGAGAUGACGGAGAAGAGGUAUCUGCGGCACCGGAACAGCUCGAGAUACCGCAGCGAGCGGCGCCGCGCCUGGGAGCGCGCCCACGACCUGCGCCGCGACCGCAGGAAGGGCGCAGACUCCGCCGAGGAACCCGCAGCCAACAGAACAGAACCCUACAACAUAAGAGAGCACAAGAAGCCAGAUAAACCCAACAACAAGAGCUGGAAGAAAAUCACGUCGGAAAAACUGUUUGUGCCGCGCAGGGCCUUCAAUACCAAGAAGCCUCAAGAAAAAACAUCCCCCAUCAGAGAGAACACGACGAGGGCAAAGGCCCGUCCCGACAAGUGGGGUGCGGCGGGCGCGGGGGGGUACAUCCCCUACCCGCAGCCGCGCGAGAGGAAGCCCAACAUCAUCCUGAUCCUCACGGAUGACCAGGACGUGGAGCUGGGCAGCCUCAACUUCAUGCCGCGCACCAUGAAGGCCAUCAGGAGUGCAGGGGCCGAGUUCCGACACGCCUACACUACCACUCCCAUGUGCUGUCCCUCCAGGAGUUCCCUGCUAACGGGCGCGUACGUGCACAACCACCACGUGUACACCAACAACGACAACUGCUCGUCGCCGCAGUGGCAGGCCACGCACGAGACCAACACCUUCGCCACCUACCUGUCCAACGCUGGCUACCGGACUGGCUACUUCGGCAAGUACUUGAACAAGUACAACGGGUCGUACAUCCCGCCGGGCUGGCGCGAGUGGGGCGGCCUCAUCAUGAACUCCAAGUACUACAACUACAGCAUCAACAUGAACGGCAAGAAGAUCAAGCACGGCGAUGAUUACCAGAAGGACUACUACCCAGACCUGAUCGCCAAUGACUCAAUCGCCUUCCUGCGAGCAUCCAAGCGGCGGUUCACUCGCAAGCCGGUGCUGCUGGUCAUGUCCUUCCCCGCGCCCCACGGGCCCGAGGACUCCGCGCCGCAGUACUCACACCUCUUCUUCAACGUCACCACGCACCAUACGCCGACAUACGACAUGGCACCAAAUCCCGAUAAGCAGUGGAUCUUGCGAGUCACGGAGAAGAUGAAGCCAAUACAUCGGCAGUUCACCGACUUGUUGAUGACUAAACGAUUGCAGACACUUCAGAGCGUCGAUAUGGCAGUGGAGCGCGUGUACCAAGAGCUGAAGGCUCUCGGGGAGCUGGACAACACGUACCUGGUGUACACGUCGGACCACGGCUACCACCUCGGCCAGUUCGGGCUGGUGAAGGGCAAGAGCUUCCCCUUCGAGUUCGACAUCCGAGUGCCGUUCCUCGUGAGGGGGCCGGGCGUCGAGCCUGGGACUGUCGUGGACGACAUAGUGCUCAACAUCGACCUGGCGCCCACAUUCCUGGACAUGGGCGGCGUGGAGCCCCCGCCGCACAUGGACGGCCGGUCGCUGCUGCCGCUGCUGCAGCCGCGGCGCAGGAGGCAGGCCGCCGCGCACUGGCCUGACACGUUCCUCGUUGAGAGCUCAGGCCGCAGAGAAACCCAGGCCCACAUGGCGGAGCGCCUGCGAGCUCAGAAAUACAGUCGCGAGAUGAACCAGCAGAACUCCUCACAGCUGUCUCUGCAGCAUGAGGAUGUCUCGUCUGAGCUCUCCGACUUUGAAGAUGGUGAUGAAGACGACGGCUUCUUGGAUGGCGAUGACGAUGAUGAUGAGGAAAGCGUUGAUUCGGAUGUAAGCGACUCGUCAGACAAGAUCGGGGAGCCACUCCUUACAAAUGAAAGUCAUAAUCCAGUAUUAGAAGAAAGUUUCGAGAAGGCAUUAGAAGCACAGGCCAAUCAAAAUAACCAACCAAACUUCCUCACUCCAACCGAGGCCAAGAAUGAUCCCGAGUCAAGUCUGAUAAGCGGUAAGGCAGCACGCUUGGCCUUUGAAUGUUCGAAAGCAGAACUGAGGACGCCUUGUUCUUCUGGUCGUAAAUGGAAAUGCGUCCUGGUGAACGGCAGAUGGCGACGGCACAAAUGCAAGUAUGAGCCGGAGAUAACGAUACCACAGCCUAAGAUGAGCACAAAGAAAUGUGCUUGCUUCACACCAAGUGGCCUCGUCUACACAAGGCUAGAGACCGAUGGGACUAUUGCUAGACGACCCGUUGAUCUUCAGGCGGAAAAUAGCACCAGAUCUCGAAGAUCAAUAGACAAUGAAGUCUUUGAGCCAAAUACAGUAGAUACAAUUCUGGAAGAAAAUCCCAGUAUUGGUCAUCUGACAUACAAUAAUGUAUAUCACGAUGAGGUCGAAUCUAGAUUAGUAAAUGAUAAAAUAGAUAAGUUAAUAAAAGAGACAGAGGCAUUUUUAGAAGCUUAUGAACGUACCAAAGAUAGCUUAGAUCAUACGAGAAUUAAGCGCAGGGCCCAGUAUUGGGGACACGAUAAGAAUAAGAAAAAGAAUGAAGCUAUAGUCAACAGUAAUGAAUCGUCUCUUGAAUGUAAAAUAGAAAAAGACGGAACUGUCAAUUGUUCUCAAGUAAUUUAUAAUGAUUUGAAAGCAUGGCACAAUAACCGACUUAGUUUGGAAGAUCAGAUUCGAGAGUUACGAACAAAACUGGAGGACUUAAAAGAAAUAAAAAGACAUUUAAAAACAACCAAACCUAUCAGUAACGUAGAAAUUCAGACACCACCCACUCCACCGAUCUUCAACAGUCAGUUCAUUAACAAGAAUCUCACAACACACGGACUCCAUAAUCAAAAAGAACAUUUACGAAAGAGUAGAUUACACAGAAUUAGGUCUAAAAAUAGAAAUGGAACCAUUUUGGAUAAGAAAUUCAGGCAAUCAAAUGAGUAUGUCCUUCCAACAUUAAAUGCUAAUACCAAAGACGAUGUUUUUGAUGUGCAACUGAAAAAUGAUACAUCAACAGAGUCCGUAUUUACUAAAACCGUAACCACCGAAAAAAUAAAUGAAGCUAUUGGCGUGAAAUCCACACAUCAGUUGGAUGAACUACCAGUACCGCAAGUAACUACAAUAAUUACGGAAGGAAAUUAUGGGGAUAAAAUUUUAACUCUGCCAUCUACAGAAAGGAUCGAAGAGAAUACCAUAACAGUCACUGAUGAAGAUAUUACGACAGAUUUCACACGUAAUUUUGAAUUGACUAAAAGUAGGGAAAUUUCAUCAGCUACUGAAGGUUCUUUGGCAAUUAAAUAUUUUACAUCUGCCAUCGACACCGUCCUAUCCACUCAAAAGACUACUAGCGAUAGCAUAACUGAAAACACAUCGACUAUGAAAUCUGAAACUACGGAUAGCUUGGUCGCCAGCACUACAGAAUCAACUAAUCUCGGACCAAAACGUCUGGACGCGUCCGAAUUUGAAAACAGGCAUGCUAACCGUCAAACGGUUAAUAACAUGGCCCAUAACAUAUUUACGAAACCUGUCGAUGUUUUCCAAAAACGACUACAUCCAUUGUAUAUUGAAAACGAAGACAAACACGUUUGUUAUUGCGAAGAAAACAGGAGACCCAGACCGGUCAACAGUUAUCUAGAAGCUUCACAAAGGGCACGGGAUGAGCGUCGUAAAUUAAAAGAGCAACGAUUGCGAAAGAAAAUACGAAAAGCCAAAAAGAGGGCAGAAUUGGAGAGGCUGUGUGAAUCAGAGCGGAUGAACUGUUUCCGGCACGACAAUGAGCAUUGGCGCACCGCCCCGCUGUGGACGGCCGGGCCCUUCUGUUUCUGCAUGAGUGCCUCCAACAACACCUACAAUUGUAUCAGGACCAUCAAUGCGACACACAAUCUCUUGUACUGCGAGUUUGUCACUGGGCUCGUCACUUACUACAAUUUACGCAUUGAUCCAUUCGAGACGCAGAACCGAGUGAAAUAUCUGACACCAGCCGAGAAGGAUUACUUCCACAACCAGCUGCAGCAACUACUCGGCUGCCGUGGCCCCUCGUGCCGGCGGUUCGGGCACUCCAACCCACUAGGUAACAGCGAAGAGGUGUUAAAUAGACGCUUCGAGGAACAUCGCAUUCUGAGAGGCGAGCCGGGAUACAGUGAAAGGGCCUGGCGCUGGAGUGGUUACGGCAGACGGUACGCGCGGGCAAGGGAACUACACCGAAGACGUCACACUGUAGUCUAGUCUCAAUAAGUUAUUAAUCUUGGAUUUACUUCAUAUACUGACAUGGUCAAGUAUUUGCAAUGAAAGGUAAAAUGCCUACUGUUCUGUCUAUAAUGUAAAUACAUUAUUGAUCAGUUAAUCAACAUAAGUGGUCAAAUGUUAUGCAGAAUGUGAAAUGAUUUGUUAAACAAUAACAGCAAUAAAAUAUGUUGAAAUGUGUCUAUACUGCGAUUCACGUAACUUGAAUAAAAAUGGCGACAUUCGGGUACGGCGAC